AUGUCACAGAAAAAAGGGAAUCUUUUGUGGAGUAAGGUCAACUGUGACUUGAGUCCCUGGAUCCUUGAUGCUGUGGCUGCUGAAGGGUUUGAAAAUAUGACCCCAGUUCAGGCAUCUACAAUUCCAUUAUUUUCUGGAAAUAAGGAUGUUGUUGUGGAAGCUGUAACUGGUUCUGGGAAAACAAUUUCCUUUGUGAUUCCUAUCCUCCAAAGAUUGUGCCGGGCCACCGAUUUCAAACGAGGCCAUGUGUUUGCUAUGGUGAUUGCCCCAACAAGAGAAUUGGCAAUUCAGAUCAACAACGUAUUUGAAAGCAUCUUGAAAUAUUAUCCUGAAGACGAAGAAAUACAAAAGCAAAUGGGGAUCCCAAAAGAUAUAAAAACUCAACAGAUCGUGGGGUCAUUAACUAGUUUCCAAGAAGAUAUGCAAACAUUUAUGGAAGAGAAACCACAGAUUCUUGUGGGGACCCCAGGGAAAUUGGCAGAAUUCAUUUCUUCUAGUGCCAUCAUCAAAAAGACUAAAGAUUUUGAUUGUCUAGUCCUUGAUGAAGCAGAUAGAUUGUUGGAUAUCAGUUUCGAGGCCACUAUCAGGGAGAUUGUUAGAAAAUUACCUAGACAAAAGAGAAUUGGGUUGUUUUCGGCCACUAUUUCCAGUGCUGGAGACAUGAUUUUCAAGAUUGGGAUGGCUAACCCGGUGAAGAUUGCCGUGAAAAGUUCCAAUACCAUGAAUGCCGCCCCAAAGACUUUGAGUAUCAAUUACCUCGUUGUUAAACCGGAUGAUAAAAUCAAGAUGUUGUUCAACUUGUUAUCAUCUUUAGAUUUCAAAAAGACAAUUAUCUAUUUUCCAACCUGUGUUUCUGUGAAUUAUUUCUACGCAAUGUUCUGUCAUUUACUCCACCAAGCCAGCGAAAAGACUCAAUCUGAAUUGAAGUUCUUUUCUAUUCAUGGAAAAUUGCAGCUCAAGGCCAGAGUGAAAACAUUAGAGAAUUUUGCAGCAAAUGCAAAGACUGACAAGUCAAUAUUGAUGGCCACAGAUGUGGCUGCAAGAGGUAUAGACAUUCCAGAUGUGGAUUUAGUUAUCCAAAUGGAUCCACCAACUGAUCCAGAUGUGUUUUUACAUAGAUGUGGGAGAACUGGGAGAGCCAACAAGGUGGGUAAAGCCAUUGUAUUACUAAAUGAGGGACGUGAGGAAGAUUACUUGGAAUUUAUGAGAGUCAAGAAAGUUGAUAUGGGUAAUUUUUCAGAUAUGCAUCCAGAAGUCGACUUGUCAAAACUAGAUUUGAAUUUGAGUAUGGCUUAUGGGUUCAAGAAUAGGUUAGAUAAAAUUGUGGAGAGGUGGAUAUUAGAAGAUAGAAGCAGAUAUGACUUAUCAGUACGAUCAUACGUUGGAUUUGUAAGAUACUACUCCAAGCAUUCGGCGUUAUCAAUCUUUAGACUCGAAACCUUCGAUUAUAUUGGCAUGGCCAAAGCAUAUGGGUUGAUUAGACUCCCAAGGAUGCCGGAAACCAAAUAUAUUGAUGAUGCCAAAUUGGAAGAAUUUAAAGAUGGGUGGUUGAUUAAAAAGCAAAUUAAUUUAGACGAGUUCAAGUAUUUGAAUGAACAAAAGGAGGCUGCGAGAUUAGAAGAGCUUAAAAAUACCACCAAAAAGGAGCAAGAGAAGCUCAAGAGAAAAGAGAUGAAGAAAUUGAAUGAAGCAUGGUCCAAUAAAACCAACGCAAGGGAGAGUAGAGAUACCAGAAGAGAGAAAAUGAAAAGAAAAAGAGAAGCUAUUGAAAAGGAAAUUGCUGCGCAAAAAGGUAGUGAUGACAGCGAUGAAGAUAUUCAAGAAGAUUGGAAAGAUAUCGUUAGAAGUAAAAAGAAGAAGAAGCAAGGGGCUGUUAUGGGGAAUUUUGAUGGAUUGUGA